UCUAGAAAUCAGAUGUAAAUGAUUCUUUCUUUUUUCCCGCUGAUCAUUAUGUGAAAGGUUUGGAUUUCCACCGCCGGAAUUUAAAGUCGGAAAAAGGGAUGAAUCGAUCUUUUCCCGUGGGAGGGUUCGAACCUCCACCUCGCCGAAGCAAGGAAUAUAGUUAAAGCCAUUGCUGCAUAGCCUUUCUGUGCGGAGAAUAAGAGAGCGAAAGGCAAUUUUGAGGAAGACUCUUUCAUUGAGAAAGUUUGGACAACUGGAUACAAUGUCGACGUCGGUUUUUAUCUCUCUUCCUUUCUUCUUAUUCUUGUCCUUGUUCUUCUUGGCGAGCUUCCUCUCGUCUGGAAGCUUCCCCGCCAUGGCCCCGCGCCGGAGCUCGUCCAAACUCGGGUUGAAGACGGCGAUGACGAGCUUGCGCGAGGUCGUGGCCAUCGCUUCCACGAACUCGUCGCCUGAGAUCGACGAUCGGCUCAGCUUCCCGGCCGUCUUCAAACGGCCGGCCCGAGUCAGUAAGCGGCAACGGUUAGAAGCUGGUUUGGCGAGAGCCCGCGCAGCGAUACUAAGAGCCGGAUCGGGCCCUGAAUCAUUGCAAAACCUGAAGGACUCGGAUUUCUCGCUGAGUCCCGAGAUAUAUCGGAACCCUGCAGGAUUCCUCCGGAGCUACGAGGAGAUGGAGAAACGGUUCAAGGUGUUCGUCUACGAGGAAGGAGAGCCCCCGCUUGCCCACCACGGCCCCUGCAAGAACAUCUACGCCAUUGAGGGGCGGUUCAUCGACGAGCUGGAGCUCGGCGGCUCCCCUUUCCUCACCAGGGACCCGAACCAAGCCCACGUCUUCUUCCUCCCCUUCAGCGUCACCAUGAUGGUCUCCUUCCUCUACAGGCCCCUCACCUACGACCUCUCCCCUCUCCUCAGCUACGUCGCCGACUACGUCCAGGUCGUCUCCACCAAGCAUCCCUUCUGGAACGCCAGCGGCGGCGCCGAUCACUUCAUGCUCUCCUGCCAUGACUGGGGGCCACACGUAACCCGAGCCCACCCACUUCUCUACAAUUCUUCAAUUCGAGUCCUCUGCAACGCCAACACAUCCGAGGGGUUCGACCCGAGAAAGGACGUGAGUCUGCCGGAGAUCAAUGUCCGGACCGGCCGCCACUCUCCCAAGCCCCAUGCAAGCAGUCUGCCGGAGUCGUCGGCACCUCGGCCCGUUCUUGCCUUCUUUGCCGGCGGAGUCCACGGGCCCAUCCGGCCACUCCUCCUCCACCAUUGGCAGAACCGCGGCGAUCCGGAGGUUCGGGUGUACGAGUACCUGCCGUACGGACUGGACUACCAGCAGAUGAUGCAGAGGUCUAAGUUCUGCCUGUGCCCGAGCGGCUACGAGGUGGCGAGCCCGAGGGUGGUCGAGGCGAUCCACGCCGGGUGCGUGCCGGUGCUCGUCUCCGACCACUACGUUCCGCCGUUCAGCGACGUUCUGCGGUGGGAGGCCUUCUCGGUGCGGGUGGAGGUGGCGCAGAUACCGGACGUCAAGACGGUGCUCCGGUCCAUACCGGAGGACGAGUACCGGAGGCUGAGGGACGGUGUGCGGGCCGUGCGCAGGCACUUCGCGCUCAACCAACCGGCCAAGCGGCUCGACGUGUUCCACAUGGUGCUGCACUCGGUGUGGCUCAGGCGACUCAAUAUAAGGCUCGGAUGACUCGCCGCCUUCUAUUUGACCUUCGUCUCUCUUGAUAAAUAUUGUAUUUUUGUUUCGGGUUUUGCAGAUCCAGUCCAAACCUGUAUCUGAUAUUAACUUUUGGAUUUGGAUCUGAAUUUGGAAAUUAAGUAUUGAACUUCAGUACAAGUUUCCAACAUCUAUAUGCUCGUCCAUGGAUGGAUGAGAUUUCUUGAUACGGAAGACAAUCUGAAUGAACUUCUUAGCUGAGUAUGAAUUUAUCCUUUUGAUAUUAUAUCCAAAUGCAAUUU